CGACUGUUGUUAUUUAAUAUUUACAGAUCAUCCAUGGCUCAAUCCGCGGGAAAAUUUUCCAUACGCCAGGCUGAUGCGCCCUCUUAGCCAAAAGCAUAGGGGGUCCCUCCUUUGCUAAUCAUAGGGCGCAUCCACCCGGUGCAGCCAAUGAUCGAACAAUCACUGCUUACAGCGAAGACGAAACAAGAAUUUGCAUUGCGAUUGCGAGCGAGCGAACGAAAGUUCUUCCCUUUCCUCUUUCCUCCGAACGAAAUCGGAAUUCCGUCAUCUGGGUUCCUUCUCCGGCGCCGAUUUGAGCUAAUAAGGAGCGGUCGAGGUGAGACGGAGGAGGAGACUACUUCCAUGAGUUGACCUCUGCUGGCAGAGACCUCGGCACCGGAGGAGCUUCAGCUUCAGCUAGAAUGGCGAACGUGUCAGUGGCGGUGGAGUGGCAGCUCCUGUACAAUCGGUACUACCGGAAGCCGGAGCCGUACCCUAUGCGAUGGAAGCACAUCGAUCUGAGCCGCAACAAGGCAGCCUGCGCGCCCUUCGGCGGACAGAUCGCCGUGAUCCGGGACGACUCCAAGAUCGUCUGUGAUCCCGAAGUUGGAAUCCCUCUUAGCAUUAAGCAAUAUAAGGAGGUGGCUUUCCUUCUGUGGAAGGAAUCAUGGGAGCUAAGUAAGAAUCCGAUGGCAAGCAAAGGGUCUCCACUUCAUGGUCCGCGCAUUAAACUUAUUGAGAAGUCUCAAGGUCUCUUUUCAGAGAGCAAGGAACAUAAUUUCGAAUCCAAGGCUGCGGAAGAGCAUGCAAAAUUGUUGAGAAUACAGCAUGAGUUGGAAGUGUCUACCAAGCAGGCCAUUUUUGUUGACUCCAGCAUCAGUGACACAAUCCGCACAUGUAUUGUAUUGGGAAAUCAUAGGGCUGCAAUGAAAGUGCGAACUGAAUUUAAGGUCUCUGAGAAGAGAUGGUAUUGGCUAAAAGUAUUUUCUUUGGCAACAAUCAGAGAUUGGGAUGCACUAGAGAAGUUCUCAAAGGAGAAGCGGCCGCCUAUUGGCUACCGUCCAUUUGUGGAGGCUUGCAUUGAUGCCGAUGAGAAAGGAGAAGCUGUUAAGUAAAUUCCAAAACUUGCAGAUCCCCGAGAAAGAGCUGAGGUAUCCACAAUUCUCACAGAAUGCAUCAGCAUCGUCCCUAUACGACACUCUUCGGUCGUCCUUCCAAGGCGUUUCAUAGCCUCUUUGACCUUUCCUGCCAAGCCUUCCUUUCUCAUUUUUGAGUUAAUCUUUUCAUGUCGGUGUGAAUAUAUGUUGGGAAACCGCAAGUUGGUGUGGAUGAAUGGUGCGAGGGAUGUAAAAUCUUUUGAACGUUCUUCGUGGCCAUUUUGCUUCUUGGCUUUC